GCAGAUAUUUAGUGCUCAAUUUAGGAUCUGCUAGACGCUGUAUUGCUCUCAGCUUAUUACUUCAAAAAUUAAAAGAAAAUCGCUAACGGCAGCUUCCUCUUGCUCUACCUCUUCCUCCUCCACACCGGUUGGAUCCACUGUCCACAUUCCAUGGAGUCCUCUGCGGUUUUGCAGCUCUCUUUCCCGCCGAAGCCCGACAGAAUAAGAGCUUAUCCUUCUCAACCAUGGAAGCAGAAGCAGAGGACUUCUCUGCCCGCUCGCUUUCGCUGUCAAAAGAUGUAUGUCCCUGGUCGGAUUUGGAGAAGCGUCGCCAGAAGCCAAAGCGGCCAGAAAUCUCCAUAACUUCUUCACUUACGUCGCUGUUAGUAUCGUCACCGCACAGCUUGAGAGCUAUAAUCCUGAGGCAUAUGAGGAGUUGAUGGAAUUCUUGAGCAGACACUCCUUGAAUGAUGGGGACAAGUUCUGCGCAAAUUUGAUGCGGGAAUCUUCCAGGCAUAAAAACUUAGCCCUGCGCAUUUUAGAGGUUCGGUCUGCAUACUGCAAAAAUGAUUUUGAGUGGGACAACUUGAAGCGUUUGGCAGUCAAGAUGGUUGAUGAAUCCAACACAAGGCUCAUGAGGGAAUAUGUUUUGGAAACUACCACUCAGGCGGAGAAUGAAAACUGAACAUUCUCUGUACCAGCUUGCAUUUCCCACGUGCUUACAUGCAUGCACGUGCUCAAACCCUCGAGAAUUUUAUGUAGUAUGCACAAUGAGUACAUCAUGUUCGUCCAUUUUACACGCGCAUGUAAUAGAAGAGGUCUUUGCCAUGGACCUGAACCUUAACAAUUCUUGGUUAAUAAUGUGCGUAUAGCGUUAAAGGGCA